AUGGAUGUUAGAAAGAUACAAAGGCUUGGGCAAGGUGCAAAGGGGGCGGCGGCGGCGCUUAGAGGUCUUCAUAUAGGUUCAGCUGCUAACGGUGCCGUGAUUAAGGACCACAUCAAAUGGUUUCUACCACUUGUUAUCGAAGCAAUAUCGUGGUUGCGGUGUCUAGUUCAAUUUUGGGGUUUAGUGAAGAUUGGGGACAAAACGUAUUUGACAACUUGUGACCAGCCUUUUGCUCUCCAUUACUACUGCUUCGAUGGUUCAAUCGUCGAGCAACUAUGUGAAUAUAGGAAGCACUGUUUGGAGUACCUUAUACCCGUCGAUGAAGAUGAUGAUGAUCAUGAGAUUGGUCCCCCUGGUCGGGUGUUCCGCAGUGGGUUGCCUGAAUAUGCACCUUAUGUGGCUGGUUACACUAUUAGAGAGUAUCCUCAACGUGAUUAUGCGGUCGAUCGUGUUAAGCAAUACUGGGCGUUGCCAAUCUAUCAUCAUCCUACUCAGCACCUCCCCAUUGGUGUACUGGAAAUUGUAUCAGCAACUGAUUUUUACAGAUUACCUCGACGUCGGGUUCUGGAGAAGCUUGAGAAUCUACCACGGGAGUUGAAUCUGACAACUACUUGUGUAAGCCUCCUCGCGAAAGUAAAUUCAUGUCAACGUGGAGAAAUUGCUAUAAUUGACAAAGCAUUGGUUAAGGUGAGGAACAUAUAUGGAAUUUGGACUGCUUUUGGAGAAAUACUGUGUCUUCAUGGUGCCACAGAAUUUAUUUGGAAGGGACAAGGGGUAGUUGGAAAAGCAUUCUCAUCCAAAAGUGCAUGCUUUUGUAGGGAUGUCAGACAAUUAAGCAUAACAGACAACCCGUUAGCACCCAUUGCACGAUACUUGAAGACCUCUGCCUGUUUUGCAGUUUGUUUGCAGAGCUCUUGCUCGAACAAUUGCAUUUACGUAUUGGAGUUCUUUUUACCUACAAAUGAAAAAGACUCUGGGGAUUGUAGGAUAAUGCUGAACAGCAUAAUGGAGAAAUUGAAAAAAUACCUCAGAAGUUCUUUUAAGAUCCCUUCAGGACAAGAAUUGGGGCAGAAAUUGACUGUUGAGGUUAUAAAGGUCUCUCCAGAGGAUGAAUUUGAUUCUUUUGAAAUCUGCAGUGCUACUAGUAUCGAAUCUACACCUAGGCUUGGAGAAGUACAAGGAGCAGAAGGAAUGAUGCAACUUGAUCUCUCAUGUCAACAAGUUGAUCCUGCAAAUGGUUCUAUGAAUGGUAUCCAUGAGCAGCAGAAUGGAAGUGUUGGAUCUACACCCCGGCUUGCAAAAGGAAUGAUGCCUGUUGAUUUCUCAUCUCAGCUAGUUGAUAAUGCAAAUGCUUGUAUAAAUGGUGUCCAUGCACAGCAGGGUGGGAUUGUUGGAUCUCCACUUAGACUAGAGCAUGUGCAGGGCUUUGUCAACAUAUCAUAUCAAGAAUUAAAUCUUGCAGGAAUUGAUGUUGCGCACAAUUCUAUGAAUGGUAUUUAUGAAAAGAGAAAUGGAGUUGUUAGAUCUUCAACACAGGAGGUUGUGCAAAACAUGGUCAGCAUAGCACAUGAUGAACCAAUUGCGGAAGAUCCUCAAAGAGAUGGUGCUAGAAUAGAACAGAGGGACAAUGAAGUGACUAAUUUGAAAAUGCAAAAGCCUAGAUGUACUUUAAAAAGUGACCUUGGAAUUACUCGUGAGGUUCUUGAACAAAAUUCUACGAGGAGACUUGGAGAUGCUGCAAAAAAUAUUGGAGUUAGUCAAUCCACAUUGAAACGUAUAUGUAGGGAAUAUGGUAUUCACAGAUGGCCCCCUCGUAAAGCAGGGAAGGAUACUCAUGAACACCGCCAAUCAGGUGCAACAAGGCUAGAAGAUGAUAAUGGCAUGUGGGUGAAGGCAGAAUAUCAAGGGUGCAUGAUAAAGUUCAGACUUCCAUUUUCUGCCCGUAAAAUCGAUUUGGAGGAGAAGGUAGCACAGCGACUGAAUCUGGCCAUGGGAAGUUUUAAAAUUGAGUAUCAGGAUGAAGAUAACGAUUGGAUAUGGAUAACAUGUGAUGAAGAUCUGAGAACGUUUAUGAGCACAUUAAGUUCACUAGGUAGGACUACAAUCAAAAUGGUGGUCAAAUUGAUCGAACAUUUAUGAAACUUUGCAUAAUAAAUUUGUUUCUGAGUAUCAAAUUUUCAUUCUAUACUUUUUCCAUGAAGAAGUGUGCUCUGCCGCUAAGAAUGCCGAAAUACAGGCCUAGUCCCAUGUAGCUUCCGUGUAU